AAUCGGUGCAACUGGGCAUCUGCCUCAGAGAAACAGGCUGUCGACUUCUGAGUCUGAAUCGUGCCCUGGGCAUGUUUUGACUAUUUGUGAAUACUCCUCCUGUGGAGGGACAGGCCCGACUUCAAGCGAAAAGCCAGUCGCAAUCGCGACACCAUCGUAGCUGCAGCCGAUGCGAGAACCCACGAGCACGCACGAGGCGGACGACAGCUUGCUUCAUGGCAUGCCGGAAGAGAAGCCUGACAUCCUGCCCCCGCGCACCUGCACGGUUUCCCCCAGGGCCGUAGGCGACCCGAGGAGAAGGAGGAGGGAGGGAGGGAGGAGGGAGGGAGGGAGGGAGAGAAGGAGGAGGAGGAGGAGCAGGAGGAGGAGAGAGGACGGGUCACCAAAGCCCUUCGGAGAAACCCUCCAGAGGAGGGCAGCCUGUCGGCCCCUCGAGGGCGAGGCCUUCUCUUGGAAGGUGCCACACCAGACCCUCCAAGGGCGAGCCCCUCUCGGGGGCCAGGAGAAGCGGGGGGGCGGGGCCAGCGGAGUGAGAGGGGCAAAGGGGGCCGCGAAGCCUGAGAGAGGUCAUGGCCCCGACCAGUACAGCCGCACCCCCCUGGUCCUCGCCCCCCUGCUCGACCGCGGGCAAGCCCCGCGCUCGAAGUGUCCCUGAACCCCCGG